AUGAUGGAGGAUCGAGAAUAUGGGGACAUGGACGUUCCCAACUAUAUGAGGGGAGCUAGCAAAGGAUUCACCACGCAUUUCUAUAUCAACGGAGAUGAACAUUACCAGAGCAAAUCUCUGCUAGUCAACCCAAAAAGAUAUAGAAACUUUGACACGUUUCUGGACGAUGCAACACGGUCUUUGAAUCCUCGAUUUGGUGCAAUUAGGAAUGUAUAUACCCCAUUAGGAAAACAUAAGAUUUCGAGUUUUGAUGAUUUGAAAGAAGAUGGGCAAUAUGUAGCAGCAGGGGUAGAGCGCUACAAGAAUAUUGGAAAACCGUAA